CUUCAAUCUCAGAAGGGCCUGCAACCUAUAAUUACAUCGCGAGUGUUACAAUGAAAAAUGUUGAUUAUGCGCUUAAAAUGUACAGAAGCAAAACACGUCGAGUGACAUGUUGCAUAUUCAGGUAAAGGAUUUCUUGUUACUGUAUAACAAACUCACUGAGCAAUGUUUUCAGAAUUGUGUGUCAAUAUUUUUUGAGAACAAAAUCGAACAUUUUGAGGCUAGCUGUUUAGAAUCCUGCACUGACCGCUAUGUUGCAUUUAACCAACGCUUAAUGAAAGUCUUUAUGGAACAUCAGAAAUCCAGACAAGAACAGACUGGUGGAGCGCUCUCUCCUAUCACAGCAGGAAUAUCUCCAAACCAAUCACAGAACGAACCUACUGAAUCUUGACAUGCCUGAACCAUGAAAUUCAUGUGUAUAAAAUUUUUUCUUAUUAGUAUAAAUUCUUGUUUGUUCCAAG